AUAGUAGACAUUAUUUUUACUGCUUGCUGCGAGCAGCUCUGAAGAGUGAAGUAGGAAUUGUAAUUUUUUUCUGAAAAAAUCAACAAAAUGACAUCUUAUGGUCCUGCUAUACCACCAGGCCUCUGCAGUAAAGCACAAAUGGAUGAAGAUGAUGACGAUGGUGACAUAGUAGGUCCCGCAUUACCUCCACACCUUCUGGAGAAGACAAAGGCAGAUGAUGAAAGCGACGAUGAUGACGGACAGGAUGAAAUAGGACCUGCUUUGCCACCUCAUUUACUACCAGCAAAAACUAAAGAGGAUAAAAGUGUUGAGAAUGAGUUUGGUGUUCAGCUUCCUCCAGAUUACAGUAGAUGGAAUGCAUUCGAUGUCGAUGCCAGCGACAAUGAGUUUGGUGAAAGCGAUGAUGAAAUUACCCCAUCUAAUGCUCAUGAUAAGCAAGUUGAAGAUGAUGAUGAUGAUGAUGAUGAUGAUGCGUAUGGACCAGCAUUACCGCCUGGUUAUAAAAAGCAAGAGCAAACAGAUGAUGUUGAUUCAACGUCAGACUCACAUGUAAGAAACUAUGGCCCCACUCUUCCGCCUGGUAUCCAUAGCAACAGAAUGCCAGCAGAGCCUUCAGAUAGUGGUGAUUAUAAUGAUGAGGAGGAGGAUGAAAUGAUUGGACCUAUGCCUUUGAAACCAGGUAGUGAUGGAGUCUACUCAUUAUCAGCGGCCGAGGAAUUUGAGAAACGAGCAGCCGCAAUGAAGGAAAAGCUUGCAAAUAAGGAUAAACCACAGCAGCCCAAGAGAGAGACGUGGAUGAUGGAAUUGCCGGGCUACUCUUCUAACUUUGGUCUUGGACCUAGGAGCUUCAGAAAGACGGCCAGACCGGAGGAAAAGGAUAGAUCAGAGUGGACUGAUACCCCUGCAGAUAAAGCCAGGAAGGAAAAGGAGAGAGCUGAGAAGAGAAGGAUGGAAGAGAAAGCAGGGAGGAGUCAGAAAGACGACGCCCCAGAGGAGAUAUCACAGAGGGACAAGAGACUAGCGGAGAUGGUUGCUAAACACAAUGAGACAAAGAGAGGAGAGAGUUUGGUUGACAUGCAUACUAAACAUCGAAAGAGGAAACUGGAAGAGGAUGAGGACAAGCCAGUUGAAAGGAGACCAUUUGACCGAGACCUUGACCUCAAUGUCAACCAGUUUGAUGAGGCCAAGCGGAAACUCCUUAUCAGGAAGUCUGCUCAACUUAAUGACAAAUUCUCACAUGCCAAGGACAAAGUUUACUUGUAGUUGAACAAAGAGGGAGCCCUUUUGCUUUGUCAUCUUUAUGAAACUCUUUAAGAAGUCUGCUCAGCUCAAUGACAAGAUCUCAGAUGGCAAGGACAAAGUUUACCUGUAAUUGAACAAAGAGGGAGCCCUUGUGGUCUGUCAUCACCGUGAUACUCCUCGUCAAGAAGUCACCUAGUCUCAAUGACAAGUUCUCACAUGGCAACGACAAAGUUUACCUGUAGUUGGACAAAAUCUGUCACAAGAGGGAGCCCUUGUGGUUUGUCAUCUUCAUGAACAUCUAAUCUAAUCUUUAUGAAAGCAAGGUUACGGGUCUUCUCAGCCAUAGUAGUGCUAUGGAUGUGAAACAGAACGUGCAUUUGGAUUCUUUAACAUAAUUAUUCUUCAAUAUUAAUAGUUAUUUACAUAUGGUUUGCCAUGGAUUCCCAGUUAAAUUUAAUUGUGCAAUUAAAUAACAUGGACUGGCCCUGACGAGAACAUCAAAUAUGUUUCUUACUAUAGAAUCUAUUGUCCUCAGUCUUUAGACAAGGGCAAAACGAUUUAGUGCUGGGCGAUAUUUUGAUUAUGCAGUAUGCACUAUUGAAAAAAAAUUGAAUAUUCAAUCAUGUUUUCAUGGUUAAAUGUUUAUAUAUCAUGGUAACAUGAUAUUAUGAUAUUAUAUUCGAUUAUGAAAAGUUAAUAACUAUUAAUUGACCAUAAAUAUUGCUCUGUAUUGCUUUAAACCCACUUAAGAUAUUAUAAGUUGGAACCCAAUGCCUGCUUUCAUGGACAAGCACUGAUGAAUUAUUUACUUUCAUUUCUCCCUUACCUGCCCUCACAGAAUAGAACAUACAUAAUGAAUUUUCAGACUCUGUAUUCCUGUAAGCCUGUUCAUGAUUGCAAACAGCUCACAUGCAGUAAAGUUCAUUUGAGAUAAUCCAUGAAAGUAGUUCUCAAAUUCACUGACGUAGGCAUUUGUGAGUUGGUGAUUAUUCAUGUGUUCCUUUUGAAACAUUAUUUUACUCACAUCCAAGCUGAAGAGUAACAAAAUCUUCACAAUCACUGGUAUUUGACAGUAGCCCAAACAAAAAUAGUCAAAUGUGCCAAAAGCAGACAAUAAAACAAACAGAUUUUCAAACUCUACCCCUGAUGUACAUGUACCUGGUCUAUGCAAUUUCUUUUGUUCUUAGAAUUCGAAUGCUAUGCCGGGAAAGCGUAUGCAACAUCUUCAUUUGAAAAUGUUAGUGCUCAUCCUCAUGAAAAAUCGCAAAGGUCAUUUGAGAAAAGUUGAUCAAGAGCUAACCGUGAACUGGCUUACACUGUGAUAUCUGCGAUAUUUAGCUGGCGAUAAGGGACUAACAUUGAAAUAAAAUAUCGACCAGCAAUAAUAUGAUUUUUUUUAAGGUCACUAUAAUUGAUGUUCCCUGAAAGUAGAGCCAAACAGUGUUGUUAUGUUGUUAUUAGAAUUCAAAUCAGACAUUUAGAGCAAAAUCAUGGAGAUAUUUAACCAUUUAUAGAUAGGUUUCUCCUGCGUCCUGUUUAUAUUAGGAGCUCUAAGCUU